GACGCCGCUCAAAGCCGAAGUGGAGCGAGCUGCCAAAACACCCCGCUGCAAAGCAUUGCUAGCUGAAUAAGGUGUCCUGAAAUAUAGAAUUUCUUCCGGCAGGCGUUGCUGUUCUGAACACUAUAUAGGUUUUCCCUGGAUAUGUUUUCAGCUGUUCGUAUGUGACCCACUCAAGAGGAUCCAUGUCUUUUCUUCGUUGGGUAUCUGAGAAACUGAGUGUGGAGAGCCUGCGGGAUUUGGAGUUAUUUGGAGAGCAAGCUCAGGGAUUCUCUCCCAGGAAAGCCCAUGAGGACAGCCAGGAGAGUCUGACCCCGCCCCCACGCCGGGACACCAUGGGCAGCUUCCUCCCUGACGGCAGCUCCUACGAGCUCCUCGCUGUUAUCGGCCGCGGCUUGGACGACUUGAUGACGGUGAACCUGGCUCGAUACCGACCCACUGGGGAGCACGUAGCCAUCCGACGGAUUAACUUGGAGUCGUGCACUAAUGACAUGGUUAUCUACCUACAGGGCGAACUGCAUGUGUCAAAGUUGUUUCACCACUCCAGUAUCGUACCCUACAAGAGCAUCUUUAUAGCUGAUAAUGAGCUGUGGGUCAUCACCCCCUUCAUGGCUUAUGGGUCAGCCAGAGAUCUGAUCUGCUCACAUUUCGCUGAUGGAAUGACUGAGCUGACCAUCGCGUACAUUUUGCUGGGCAUGCUCAAAGCUCUUGAAUACAUCCACCACAUGGGAUACGUGCACCGGAGUGUGAAGGCCAGCCAUGUGCUGAUCUCAGCUGACGGACAGGUCUGCAUGUCAGGUCUGCGGAGCAUCUUCAGUCUGAUCCGUCAUGGCCAGAGGGCCAGAGUUGUCCACGACUUUCCCCAGUACAGCGUCAAGGUGCUGCCCUGGCUCAGCCCUGAGGUGCUGCAGCAGAACCUGCAGGGCUACGACUCUCGGUCAGACAUCUACAGCCUCGGCAUCACAGCCUGUGAACUGGCCAAUGGACACGUACCCUUCAAAGACAUGCCAGCUACACAGAUGCUGCUGGAGAAGCUGAAUGGGACGGUGCCGUGUCUGCUGGACACCACCACUAUCCCACCAGAGGAGCUGUCGAUGAAACCGUCUCGCUCCGGGGCCGACUCCGGCAUCUGCGAGGGUCCGGUCGCCGGAAGUGUUCGCCACUCCAACGGAGAGGCGUCCUCCUCGACAGGCGGACACCCCUACAACCGGACGUUCUCCCCGCACUUCCACGCCUUUGUCGAGCUGUGUCUGCAGCGAGAGCCCGAAAGGAGACCGUCUGCCGCCACUCUCAUAGGCCAUCCACUGUUCAAACAGAUUAAACGCCGGCCCUCGGAGGCGCUGCCUGAGCUGUUGCGGCCCGUGUCCCCAAUCACCGGCAGUGAGAGCUUCCAGCCGCGCGACGCUCCCUCUGGACUGGCCGGUCUGGAGUCGGGUCUCAGCCACCUGGAGGUGGACGACUGGGACUUCUGACGCUGGAGCGAUGCGGAUGGGAUUGUGAUGGAAAGCUCUCCGAGCAUACUGGACAACAUGUCUUUUUGUAACGGUCUCUUUGUAAAUAAUUUAAACCUCAAACUAAAAAGGAGUUGCUGUUCUGACAAAAAAAAAGAAGUUAAAAGCCAGCAGCCAUCUUGCCUCUUUUUGGAGUCUCUCACACGCUUCUGUUCUCUAGAUAGGCUCAGACUCUCGUAUUGCACUGAUGGCCUCUCUCUCACACACACACACACAAAACACACCAGGACUCCUCCUUUCCUCGUGCUGCUGCUAAGGUUUUCAGAGGAGUAUCUGUGGGUGUAGAUGUAGCCGAGACCUAAAGACACUCAUGAAACAGAUCAGCGGGAAGCUGCUACUAAAUAUUCAGAGAGGACUCUCCACGUCUCUGCGCGCGGCCGCUUGCUGUAGCCCAUCUGCUCAGUGAGACCGCCAUACGGGUGAACACCAGUCCUCACAGCUCACUCUGCCUUCUGCACAACAGAUGGAAAGUUUCCACUUUGUCCGCGGGGGUCAGCUAAAUUAACAGCAUGCAUACGCAUUUCUUAACUCUGCCUGUGUUGAAGCGUAAACUACAUCUCGUGCUUUACACGUCCCUUUUGUUGCACUGAGCAUGGCACCGGAUUAACCUUCAGAGCAGCGCAGUGUGUAUUUUCUUGAACUUACUGAGUGUGAUGUUACUUAUGUUAGUUGUGAAUGUCGCUUUUGGUGCUUGUUUUGUCUGCAUGGACAUGUGAAAGUGGGGGCAAAUGUUAGUGUUGCAAAUGUCAAGCUUAACUUUUAACAAUAAACGUGGUUCACUUUAAUGUUUUUUAACUUGAUGUUACCACACGUCGGAGGCACUUAACUGUCUUAAAAUAAGUAAUUUUAUUCAAAAUGGACACAGACAAAACGCAUAAGGGGGACGAAAGGGUCCCGCGAUGCUGUUAAUCUUCCUCGUCUGAUGGGGGCUCGUCUGUUGCGGCGUUGCGUUUCUCCAUCUUGACCAUCAAAUCUGGAAGAACAGGACAAUAAUAGAUCGAAGGGAAGCGUCAAUUAAUUUCUCAGGAGUUUAU